GACGGGCUCAUCCACCUUCUCACCACACAUUCCGCGCGAUCCAUCAUUGCCCGUCGUUGUCCUAGUUUCCCUACAAACCUGAUUGAUCCCGAAAACAAAGACGCUCACGCCGACGAACCCCCCCCAAAUCGCCCAUCAUGUCGCACCAACCGUUGACCGACGACCAAGUCAGUCAGGAGCUCCGCAAGAUGACAGCGUUCAUCAAACAGGAGGCGAUGGAGAAGGCCCGCGAGAUCGAGAUCAAGGCCAACGAGGAGUUCGCAAUCGAAAAGUCCAAGCUCGUCCGCCAGGAGACGGACGCCAUUGACAGCCAGUACGAGAAGAAGUUCAAGCAGGCCCAGAUGUCCCAGCAGAUCACCCGCUCCACCGCCUCCAACAAGACGCGCCUCAAGGUCCUCGGCGCCCGCCAGGAGCUCCUCGACAAUAUCUUUGAGGACGCCCGCAAGAAGCUGUCCUCCUCCACAAAGGACAAGGGCAAGUACCAGGCCACCCUCAAGAACCUGAUUCUCGAGGGCCUCUACGCCCUCGCCGAGCCCGAGGUCGUCAUCCGCGCGCGGAAAACCGACUUUGAUGUCGUCAAGAAGGCCAUUGAGGACGCCGUCAAGGAAUACAAGAAGGAGGUCGGCAAGGACACGUCCGCCAAGAUUGACGAGUCCAACCCUCUGCCAGCGGAGAGCGCCGGUGGUGUAUUCAUCGUAGGCGGAAAGGGAAAGAUCGAAAUCAACAACACAUUCGAGGAACGCCUAAACAUCCUCCAGGACACCGGUCUGCCGGCCGUACGCGAGACUCUGUUUGGAAAGAACCCCAACCGCAGGUUCACUGAUUAAGGCACAUCCUCUCACCGAAAGCGCGCGCCCUGCAAAUACAUACAUAGCCCCCUUACCCCCUUUUCUCCCGCACUCGGGGCUAGACAAACGCAACGCUGCAUGAAGGAAACUCC